GCAAAUUUACUACGUUCACUGAGCUCAAUGGCACCGCAACGGAUCACCAAACCUCCGGCUGAACGACCGCGUCUGUAUUUCUUGGUAUGCUGGUUGCAUGCACUGGUGCAGGAACGGACACGGUACACUCCUCUUGGUUGGGCCAACUCCUACGAAUUCUCGGAUGCUGAUCUACGUGUUGCUUGCGAUACACUGGACGCAGCAGUUGAUGCGGUUGCAAUGGGACGUGCCAAUAAACUGCUGGACUGCUUCCUUGACAGAUUGUUCACGGCAAAAUCGUUUGACAGUGACCAGGUGCUGAUAAACAACGUUGAUGGUAAAGGAACAGACCUGUGUAUCCCGGAUGGCAAUUCACGUGAACAUCUCAUCCAUUGGGUGGAAAAUAUUCAAUACCUACAACUACCCAGUUGGCUUGGCUUAUCGAAUAAUGCCGAGAAAGUACUCUUGACAAAACUUCUGGACUGCUUCCUUGACAGAUUGUUCACGGCAAAAUCGUUUGACAGUGACCAGGUGCUGAUAAACAACGUUGAUGGUAAAGGAACAGACCUGUGUAUCCCGGAUGGCAAUUCACGUGAACAUCUCAUCCAUUGGGUGGAAAAUAUUCAAUACCUACAACUACCCAAUUGGCUUGGCUUGUCGAAUAACGCCGAGAAAGUACUGCUAACAGUACGAGGAGAAAGCAUGCUUGCCAAUUUGCUAAAGGUAUCGGAUGAGGAACUGGCAUUUACGGGAGACGAUCAGAAGACACAGGCACCACCAUGGAUGAGUAACAUUCCGAAGCUAAAACGUUCCGUGGAGAACAUCAAAGAUCCGCUGUUCCGUUUCUUCGAACGAGAAGUUAAUCACGGCAUCCAUUUGUUGGCAGAUGUAAGAAGUGACUUGAUGGAGGUGAGAUACCCUUUCAAAACUUCGUGA